GCAGCAUCCUGUCAGCGGCGGGGUCACUCAGCUCACCGACGCCGCUGAAUAGAUGGAACAUGGCGGAGAAAGCAGCGAGCAGCCGCGGUCCACCCGGCGUUGUCUUCCAGCACCGCAGCGGAACUGACUCUGUCGGCAUAGACUGAACAAUAAGGUGUCCGGUCCGGUUCCUCAGCUACAAGUCUUCCUUACCACUAAAAACUUGUGAAAAUGAGCCGCGGGUGAAGAAUUCAAGAUGAGCCGACACGCAACAGACGGACCGGAGUGUGCCCCCUCCCCGCCGCUGCCUGCUGAUCAUGUGCUCAACUCUGCGGCCGUGUUAUUCCCUGGUGCUUUUGAUCAACAUGGCUGCCCUUUGAUCGUGUUCCCAGCUGAUCAGCAAGCAAAACUGCCCCUGGUACUCAGCAAAGCAGAAGUGGUGGACUUCAUAAACUACUUUCUGGGUCUGCACAAUAAGAAGCAGGAGAGGUUGGUGUCAGUGGUGGCUGAUCUGAGGGAGGCCUCGCUCCCUACAGCCAGGUUCAUCGCUGAGACUCUGCUUCUGCUCGAGCUGAACAAGCGCACAGUCCACAGUGUGUACAUAGUUCAGCCCAAAAAGAAGGAGGUCGUCAAGCUGUUGCUGAAACUCCUGGCCCCUUCAAGGUCUCACACUGCCUCUUUCAAGAAAGUCCUUCUAAAAGAAACCUCGGAGCUCUCCAACUACAUUGACCGAAGCCAGCUAACGGCAGCUUUGGGCGGCUACCUUAUUUACUGUCACCAGAGCUGGGUGACCUUCAUCAAGGAGAUCGACGACUUUGUUCAGGAGUUCCUGUCUGUGGUCAAGCGGCUGCCCUCGUGUAUCUCCACCCUGAAGUCUCUGUCAGGACUGCCGCUGCCCUCCACCUUCAGCGAGCUCAAACACUUCUGCUCCACCAACGAGGCCACGUUCCAGAAGCUCAGGAGGGAACUGGGGCUGGAUGAGCUGCUGAGGCACUGUGAGAGUGUGGUGGAGAAGCUGCGUUACCCUGAGAUGGAGCCGUGCUACCAGGCGAUGGCUGGCACCGCCCUCUUCAACCACACCGCCUUGGACAUGCACCAGAACCACAGCAGGAUAACUGCAGCAGUGGAGAAAGUGGAGCUGCUGUGGCAGCAGGCCUUUUCUAAGGCCCGUCUCCAGCUGCAGGUGUUCCAGCUUCCUUCCCUUAAAGGUCCAGUGGCAUGA